AUGGCAGCUGAUACAACUGCAGCACUUGCCUCUGGGGCUGUGGCCAGCAGGGUCCUGGCCUCAGCUCCCGGCAAUCUCACUGCCCCUGCAAGCAGUGCUGCAGAGGAAACCACUGCCGCCAGGCAGCUUCCUCACAGCCGCUUUCAAAAUAGCAGGGUGGCUGUUGCCAUCGCCUGCGAGAGCCUUCCACUGCCCUGCUGGGAGAGGACCCAAGCAGAGCAGUUUCCCAUGGGGCUGGUGCAGUGCCCAGCGGCUGCCUUCCUUCUCCUCCUUCUGGGUUUGAGCACUGGCCAACGGGUGGUGACGGUUCAGAAGGGACCCCUCUACCGAGUGAGGGGGUCCCACAUCACGCUGUGGUGCAAGGUGAGCGGCUACCAGGGCCCGGCGGAGCAGAACUUCCAGUGGUCCAUCUACCUGCCCUCGGCCCCCGAGCGGGAGGUGCAGAUCGUCAGCACCGUCGACCCCUCCUUCCCCUACGCUAUCUACACCCAGCGUGUGCGCAGCCGGGGGAUCUACGUGGAGCGGGUGCAGGGGGACGCUGUCCUGCUGCACAUCACCGAGCUGCAGGACCGGGACGCCGGGGAGUACGAGUGCCACACGCCCAACACUGAUGAGAGGUACUUUGGGAGUUACAGCGCCAAGAUGAACCUCUCAGUGAUUGCAGACACCCUCUCAGCUUCCAUGGCCCCCCAGGUCCUCACUCGCACCGAAGGGGACGCGGUGGAGCUCACCUGCGAGGUGUCCAAGUCCACUGCCCAGCACACGCAUCUCUCUGUUGGCUGGUACCAUCUUCAGGAAGCAGGAGACCGCCGUGCCGAGGAGGUCCUCACCCUCUCCAAGGACUUUGUCUUGAGGCCAGGGCCCUCUUACGUGCAGAGGUUUCUGGCAGGGGAUGUGCGGCUGAACAAGGUUGGGAACACCACCUACAAGCUCUCCAUUGGGGGAGUGGAGCUGUCCGACCGGGGGCAGCUGUACUGCGAGGCGGCCGAGUGGAUUGAGGAUCCUGAUGAGACGUGGAAGGACAUCUCCCGCAAGCAAACAGGGAGGACGUCGCUGGCGGUCAUGAGCCAGGGCAGAGACCUCUCCAUGGACAUCACUGCCGCUGAAAGGUCCCUUUCUGAAGGUGAUACCUUGCAGCUCAAUUGCACGGUGGGAGCCCAGAAGAGCAGCAGCAGGCACUUCCAAGUGCUUUGGCUCCUCAAUGGCAUGGAAGUGGCCAGGGUUGACCCCCAUGGGAUAUUGAUUUGGGAGGAAGAAUAUGAGGAGAGAGCCAAGCUGGGGCAUCUCCGAGCAUUCAAGCAAAGCAACACAGUUUAUGUCCUUACCAUCUAUGAGGUGGGGCUGAAGGACAACGGUACGUACCACUGCUCUGUUUCGGAAGUGAAUACUCCUGGAGACUUUCACAGCAUCCAAACCAAACUGUCGUCAGGCAUCCAAGUCAACGUGAAGCCGAUAGAGAGCCACAUGCGCCUGUCCGUGUCCACCAGCACACCACAGGUCAUGGCAGGAGACGCCUUGGUCCUCCUUUGUGAGGUGCAAGGAGCGACCGGCCCUGUGUCCGUGCAGUGGUGGCACCUGCCACCGCAGCACCCAGGUCCCCGGGUGCUGGUGGCCACCAUGGAGCGGGACGGCACCAUGAGCCUGGGCAACGCCUACCGGGACAGCGGGACUCGAGGGAGCCUCCGGCUGGAGAAAGCGAGCUCCGGCGCUUUCACCCUGGUGAUCCCCAACACGUUGGACGAGGGCGACAGCGGGCGGUACGGGUGCAAAGUGACGGAGUGGUCCCGAGGCCAGAGCUGGACGGAGGAGGGGGAGACAGCAGUGACAGUCAGCUCCAUGGGUCUCGGUCUGCACGCCACGCUGACAAGCCGAAUUGCCACUGUCAAAUAUGGGCAGAGUUUUGAACUCAUCUGCCAAGUGAGCGCCAGCUACACCCUCGAGGAGGUGCCGGCAUCUGUGGGGUGGCUCUUCCAGCCCAGCCCACCCACCGGCCACUACCACGAGCUGGUCCGGGUCUUUCCCAGUGGCACCGUGGCCUGGGGAGCAGCACAGCCACACUUCCAGGGGAAAUCCCAGCUGACAAAGGCUGCCACCUCCUUCAGGCUGAGCAUCCACAAUGCCGCGGCUGCCGACGAGGGGAUGUACCAGUGUGAGGUGGAGGUCUGGAGGAAGAACACCCUGCCGCUGGGGCAGCCGGCGGCCACCACCAGGUCUAAUGCUGUGGGGAUAAAACUGGUGCUGCCAGAAAGCAAGCUUCAUGUAGCUACGAAAGAAAGCUCUGUGGAGACUGUCAGCGGUGCCGACACAGCCAUUGAGUGCAGGAUCAUGUCUGCCCAGAACAAUUCUCAGUUUGCCAUUACCUGGUACCUCCUACCUCCUCCUCUGGCAGAUGCAACCCCCCUGCAAAUCCUAAGGGCCAACUACAGCAGCAUACUGGAAUAUGGGGCUGAGUUCAGCUCUCCUGCACAAAAGUCCCGGUUCCUGAGCCAGAGGGUGUCCAGCAACGUUUUCUGGCUGCGGAUACUCUCUGCAAACCCUGGGGACCAGGGCAGGUACUACUGUGUAGUAGAGGAAUGGCUCUGGCUGGUGGAUGGCUGGUACAAACUCGGAGAGGGAGCAUCGGGAAGCACCAUGCUGGAGUUCAAGCUCCCAGGGCGUGAACUGCAGCUGGAGAAAACCAACCGCAGCAUCUCAGCGAGGGAGGGUGAGGAGGUGACGCUGCACUGCCUGCUGCAAGGUGCCCACCUGCCCGCUACCCACCUCUCGGCCACCUGGUUUCGGGGAGAGGAAAGCAGACACGUCAGGCCCCUGCUCACCCUCCGCCGUGACGGUGCCAUCGAGUACCCUGUGGAGAGCCUGGCGAGGAGGCUGCACCUGCGCCGCCCCACCACCGGUGACUUCAGCCUGACGCUGGGCAGCGUGGAGGAGGGCGAUGCGGGGGUCUAUCACUGCCAGGUGCAGGAGUGGCAGCAGCAGAGCAAGGGGAAGGACUGGGCUCUGCAAGCCUUGGCGCGCUCAGGGUACACCCGGCUCACUACCAUCCCGCCAGAGUCAACUGUUUUGUCUAGGAUCUGCUCAUCCCCACCGCUGCUGAACUUCAUCCUCUACUUACCGCUGGUUCUGAUCCUUCUCCUGGCCCUUGUUGUCUUCUGCUUGUACUUCAAAUUCGGAAAAAGCAAGAAGGGCAGCGUCACAGGAGACCAGCUGAUGGAACUGCAAGGAGCUGGAGGGGUCAAGAAAACUUAGCUGGUCUAUAAUGGCAGAUGUAACUUGAAGGAGUAGAGCUGGACACCUGAGGAGGACUGAGUACUCGGAGAGGUGCUUUUUAUUGUUUUGUAGUAGCUCUUGCAAUGAAUCCUUAAAAUUGCGUGUUUACUUGCAGUGGAAUGAAGUGGCUUUGAAUUACUAAGCAAAUAGUUUUUUCAUAACAGGUGUUCCUGUCUUUUAUGUUAGGUGCCCACCUAUUUCACACUCUGGUCAUUGUGGUAUAUUUGAGGUCCUUGCAGUAGUAUGUGUCUCCCACUGUGGAUGGAAGUGGUGUUACUCUCUACAGGUAUAAGGGGAAAAAACCAGCUCUCUUUGCACUGCGACACAAAGUUAUCAAAUUGCUACUCAUUUUAGGUGACUUGAAAAAAAAUCUGUGUGGUGUGCGGGCUAAAAAAAAGCGGCAGAGCUGGAAACAGAGUAUUGGUGUCCAAUUUAAGGCAUUGCACUUGCCUUUGUCCACCCUUUGCUGGAGAAGCUCUCAGACACUGCUGUCUCCUCAUUCUGGGAGCACCUGUGCCCAAAAUGCAUCUUCUCUGAAAGGAAAUGGAUCACAAAACCUGUCACAGGAACAUGAGGACUGAGCAAGGCUGGCUGGGGCUGAAGAAAGUGCACAGCAGGGGUACCAUAGCCAUCCACAAAAACUGAAUCCUGUUGACCCAGUAAGGGACUUGCAUGGAGUCUUGGCUCCCAGAAGGAAGAAGUGGACACCAAGGCAUCUUGGAGAUGAGUGUGCAAAGACUUUCCAGCUCAUUCCUUUGCUGGGACUGCUGUCGAAGACAGCAUCCAGCCCCUCAUGCUGAAGCUGCAUGGCUGGGACCUGGUAUUAGACACCUCCCGAUUGUACCACGUAAUAAAAAAGCCAUGUGUGCGCUUGCAGGACAGCUCCUCUGUGCUCUGGAAUCCAGCUCAGGCUCACCUUUUCAAGGCUGAGGAGCUCUGCUACCUGAAGGCUGGCUGGCUGGCUGAUGCAUUAGAGGAAAGGAAAUUUCGAUCCCAUCCCUAUAAGUCAAAGGAUACUCAAGCCCUAAUUGUGCAAAGUGGGAUGUGGUCCCAGCAAGUUGUAAGGUCAGGCAUCAGGGUGGUGAUCAAAGCGCUGUCCUCAUAAAAGCAGCUGUGUGGAAAUCAUGGCAGACAUUUAUGAACUUGCUUCCUUUGACUGGAGGGAGGGUUGGAGACACCACAGCCCCUCUAGAUGAACUGUUCAAGUCCUUCACUUUCCUUACAAUUAGAAAAGCUGCCUGCCCUGUAUCCCGUGGAACUAGGAGGUGCUUCCUUCCCUUUCUCCUUGAAAAAACACUUUUUGCAUAAUUUUGAAGACUACUGCUCUUGUUUCCCUGCUCAGCCUCCUCUGUCUGCACUGGCUGGCUCCAGUUUGCUCAGCCUUUCCCUGUGGGUUAUGUUUCCCCGACCUCGUGCAGCUUUUUUCUUUGUUGCCCUGACCCCAGCUGUCUCUCCUGUGGCAUGAGUGCUCAGAGCCGCACGUGGGGCUCUCUGCAGAGGUUUCCUCCCCGCCUUGUGGGUUAUGUCCUGUUUACACAUCCCAGUAGGAUGUUUGAUUUUCUGUGUGCGUGUGACAACGUGGCACUGUUUGCGCUUGGCUCGCAGUUGGCAGGCUCCUCUCCUGCAGAUUUGCUGUCUAGCAAGUUGUUUCUCCGCUGUGUGUUCAGGCUGUUGACUUUUCCUAUCUAACUGAAGCACUGUUUGCAUGGGCCUGUUGAACAGCUUUCUGCACCAGUUUGCAAAAGAUCCUGCUGUCUGUUUGUCUUAGUCCUGUCUCAGUAAUGGUUUAAUUCGUGGACCAGUUUCAGUCUGUUUUGACAGAGAAGCAGAUGCUCCCAGGACAUUAAACUCCUACGUGUUUCGUGGAAAGUGGUAGCCGGAUGAAGGAGAGGAGGCAGGCGAGCUGUCCCACUAAGGGAAGGCUGCAAUGUGAGUUGCCUGACAGCCAGCCCUGAGCCAGUCAUACACUGGCUGCCUGGCAUCCAGCUCAUAAUUAGGGGACACAGAAAGGAGAUGUAGGUGUGUUAGGGCGUGAGAAAGGAAAGAAGGAACCAUUUUUGACCAUAAACUAUUAACAAUUAAUCUCUGCAUGUAGUUUAUCUACCAAUUUUGUGCUGUCCUCCUGUGUUUUUGUUUGGAUUGUUUCCUUAGCUUCCCAUAGGAGUACUUCUUGUAGGGGAGAUUGGGUAGGUCUGACAUGCUCUGUUUUUGUUCAGAACAAACCAAAAAGAGUUUAUUUUCUUUUUUUUCUUGCAUUCUUCUAGGUGCUUGUAAUUACUUUGUCCCUGCAUCUCCCUGAGGAUUGCAGUUAAGAAGAUGCAGGUGUUCAGUUUCCUCUUCUUUUUAAAAAUAAUUUUGCCCUUUUCUUGUCACUCGAUUUCUCGCACUCCUCAGGUGUUACCACAGCAAACCACUAACAGAUGGCUUGACAGCCUAUUCUUUACGUGUCUUAGGAUGAACCUCAUCAAGACCAGCCUUCUGCUCAAAAAUCAAACUUAUUUAGGUUGCUACUCAUCACCAGACUGCUGGGGUGGUGGCAUGGGACAGCUCCUACCCUGCUGCCGCGGUCACAUGUGCGGGUCAGUCUCCGUAAGCUGUGCAGGCUCUGUGAGUGACCUGGUUGGGUUUGGUGCAUCCCCCAAGCCCGCGCUGGCCCCUUGCUCGGCUACCUCGGCACUGCGUUGCAAGUCUGUGGAGGCAUCUUUGCUGCCAUCUGAUCUUCAUGUAAAAAACUGCAGACUCUACUGCAACACAAGAUUUUUGUGUCUGGUAGACUGGGGGAAGAAAGUGGGCAGAGAGAAGGAGGUCUCCCCAUCAACAGGGUGCUUUCUUCUUCUGUCCCGUUUUUGCUCAGUUAAGCAGAGGCCUGUGGAAGUAGCAGCUUUCUAUUCACACAGGUUUAGAGGUUUUAAUAUAAGUUUGUAAAGCAUGCCUAGGGCCUUGAUAAAAGGGUCUGCAAGAAAAAUGUGUGGUUUUGCAGUGGCGGGGUUUUUUCCUCUUUAUUUUUUUCUGGCUUUGGUGGGUCACUGCCAAACCUUUCAGCUAUAUGUUUUAAGAUGUAUUUUUUUCUGUGAGUGAACUUAGAAAGAGUCAUAACUUAUCACAGCAAAAGCUCCAAACCAGUCCCAUUUUUAAAGAGAACAUUUCACUCAGCUGAGGUAAAUGUAGGAGAGGGAGAGAGACGUGUGUGUGUGGUGGGUCAGGGAAUGGUGUUGAUUUUGCUGUUGGGGCUCUUGGCCACCCUCACCCACCCCUGUUGCCACCUUUUUUCCAAGUCCAGCCUCUGAUGUAAAUUAAAACAGCUGAUAAAAUAUAUAUUUAGCUGUUACAGCCCCGUGGGGUAAAACAGUGCAAUAGCGCAGACCCUGCAGCACAGCAGUGCCCCUGUUGCACCCUGUCCCCCAGAUACACCCUUGCCCAGGGAACGUCCUGUGUGAGGGCAGCGUGCGGUGGGAAGGUCCAGGGUCCUUUCAUAGGUUUUAAAGCAGCUUGAAGGGGCUACAGGGCAAUGCAGAGCUGGCUCCAAGAAGAAUUAAUCCACUGGGAAGCGGUUGAAUGGGGCUAUAGAAACACGAGAGCUGUGUUGUGCUCUUGUGUUUCUAUAGGAAGGUAUGGAAACUAUAAGGCGAGGGGAGAGCAGUGCUGCCUCCCAGGCAAGCCAGCACAACCUUGCAGCUUGGCAGACCCUCACUGUUCAGAAGAUGGAUGAUGCGAGGGCAGGACGGGUGGGAAUAUAACCCCUGUGUUGCGUUGCCUUCCUGGAAUGCUUUUAUGGCACCUGCCUCUGGGCAGGAGCAAAGCCAGUGCUCAGUGACCACUGGGGCAGCUCACCCAACACGCAGUGGGACAAAGGAUCACACCAGUGACUCUCACCUGAAGAUGGGUGUACUGAGGACCUUUUGCUGCAAGGCUCCUCUGUCCUGCGAGGUGGGAGGCUGAGUGAUGAGUUAGUUGCUGUGGAGGAGCGGUGGGAAGUGGCUUGCAAGCAAGGAGGUACUUUGCAUCCUCUGGCAGCCGAUGUCUCAGGGUUUCCUGGCCUGUCCCACUGCCUGGGAGCAGAGGGCACAGCAGCAGCAUGCUGUCCUGUACUGCCAGGGCAAGGUUGUUGAGGAAGGUUGCCAAACUUUCAAGAAAUGCUUCCAAACAAAUGACUUGGAUUUGUCCUGGGAUGUCCCCUCUCAAGCAGCAUCUCUUCAUUCCUCCCUAUUAAGUCUAAGUUGGUUUUGAAAUUUGACAUUCAGUUUUCUUCCUGUGAUACAAUAUUUAAAAACUGGAAAUAAAAGAUGCAGUUUUGACAUGUG